AUGCCCACUGGAUUGGGUAUAUUGGAUAAGCCUGCUCUGCUGGUUGUGUACGUUUUCGCCCUUUUCUUGGCUUACAUCGUUUUCAAUAGACUAAGCUUGAGGAUCGUAACGGGCAAGGCUGAGGCAUCCAAGAUCGAUGCCCGGGCCUGGGAUUUUUCCGUGUCGCUAAAGGUGGCAGAUCUUUUUGAAGAUCUUUGCCACGUGAAUGAGAAGGUAUUGAAGGUUGCUAAAGGACCGGUUCAUAAAUUGGAUAAGGCUAUUCUCGUCCAAACGGCAGCUGCCGAGUCGCUUUGUUCUAAGAUGAGGCUGGUCAUGGGCAUGGACCCUUCACCUGUUCACGGGUCUAGGAGGUACUCCAAUACGGAACUUGCGAAGCGUGUGGUGGCGACGUGUGAGGAGUAUGCGGAUUCGGCUCGGGCUCUUUCUAGGAGUCUUUCUAAGACGGCGAUAUCGGAGAAUGAUGCUAAGAAAUACAACAUUGUUAUGGCUGAGGAGAAAUCGGCGGCUAGCAAGUACAGUGAUGUUGAGGAGUUAUGUGUGAAUCUGAUCCAGAAGAUGGAGGAAGAGAGCAGAGCAUCGUCUGCUCGGAUGGUCUAUGGUGCCGUGGAGGAUAGGACGACAGAUGCUGUGGGGGAGUCUAAGAAGAAGAAAUGA